UAAUUCAAAAACGUAACAAAAAUGAGUAUAUAAAUCAAACUGUUGUACGGAGAGCAUUCAUAAGAUAAUUUUUGGUUUUCAUUUAUUUUUUGUUUUCUUAAUUUUUUUGACUUUUUUUAUCACUGUUUUUUUCAUAUUCGAUUUCUUAUGUGUUGUAUAUGAAUUUGUGAUAAUUUGAAUUCAUCAUGCGUUUUAUAUUCUGGUUAAUGGCUACGAUUGUGAUCGUCACUAUUGUUAUGUUGUCAAAAGAAGUUGAAGCCCAUAAAAAAAGAAAACAAUUACUUUUAUAUAUACUUUUGAAUUUGUUGAAUACAAAAAAGAUCAUACUUCCGCUGCCACUGCCACUGCCACUUCCGAUUCCAAUCAUAGAAAAGAAAAAACAUUAUAUUCAAAAGGAACCGAUUCCCGUCCCUAUCAAGGUUAAAGAACAUGUUCCCAUCAAAAUUGCCGUCAAAGAACCGGUUCCUAUACCCGUACCGGUUAAAGAGCCUGUCUAUGUCAAAGAUAAUUAUGAACAUUCAUACAAAGAUUCUUAUGAUCAUUCCUAUAAAGAUUCACACAAAGAUUCAGGCUAUGUUCAACAUGAUAGUUAUGGUCAUGAUGCUGGUUAUGGUGCUGAAUACUAAUCAAGAUAUAAAUUCUCAUCAUAAUCUAUGUAGGAAAUGAAAAAAAAACAUAUAAAUGAGAAUUCUAAUACCCGAUCAAAAGUGGUCGAAAAGAAAAAUGCUGGCACCCUGGCAAUUAGAACCUUGUCAUAAUAAUCAUAACUACAAUUUUGUUCUGACCAAAAAAACCGUUUUCCAAAAUUUUGUCAACACUAUUGACAUUUAAAAAAUAAUUCCGACUAAUAGAAAGUAUUCCAAUGUUAUUUUUCCCUCGAUCUCUUUUACUUAAUGUAUUUGCUUAUCGUACAGUUUUUUUUAAUAAUUAUUUUGUAUGAAUUUUUUUUCAAUUUGUUAUAUACUCCGACAUUUGCACGUACAUACAUGCAAAACUUUCAACAACAAUAAAUUCCGGAAAACCGGAAACAUUCAGCCAUUUCUCAUCGUUGAAGCAAUGAAGAUAUUGAUGAAAUAAACAAAAUAAAUGAGGAAAAACUUGAACGCAGAUUAAGAAAAACUGGACUUUCCUGAUCCACCAAUAAAGCAACGAUGAUGAUGAUGUGAAUGCCAAAAAUAGCAAUUGUAAGGAAAUAAAUGAGAACGCCAGUUUUGAAACAUUUUUCUUAGAGCCACAGGGAUGAUGAUGUAUAGAUUUGCAGACUAUAUGUGUUUUGUUUUCAAAAUAAAUUAACUGUAUCUUGUUUUGAUA